CAAAUUCACAAGACUCACUCAAAUCUCUCAAUAUCUGCUUCUCGUUAAUUAUUGGUGAUAUUAUCAAUGGCAUUUCCCAUCAAUGAUGGCAACUUCUCAGCAUCCUUUCAUCUUCCUAGCCUUGAGAAUGAGCUAUGCCUCAGACAUGGAAAAAUGGUGAAGGAAGCUGGGUGUAUUCUCAGCAAUACUGCUGGAAAAGAUCCACUGGAAGGCUUAGUAAUGAUCGAUGCACUUCAACGCUUAGGCAUUGACUAUCACUUCCGAGAGGAAAUUGAAGCUUUUCUAAAUACUCAAUAUAUGAACUUUAGUUCUCCAAAUCAUCUUCCUCUUGAUGUUUUUGGAGUUGCUCUUCGCUUUCGAUUAUUGAGACAAGAGGGUUAUAAUGUCUCUCAAGAGGUGUUUAACAACUUCAAGAAUGAAGAGGGAAAUUUUCAUUUGAUACAAGAAAAUGACGUAAAGGGUUUGAUGGCAUUGUACGAAGCUUCACAACUGAGUAUGGAAAGUGAAGAUAUACUUGAUGAAGCUGGAGAAUUCAGUGCCAAGCUACUUAAUCAUCAUGAAUCUGAAAUUGUUGCAAAUACAUUGAAGCAUCCUUAUCACAAGAGCUUGGCAAGGUUCAUGGUCAAAAACUUCCUAAACAAUAUUGAUAUCGGAAAUGAAAACAUCAAGGUUUUUUCAGAGUUGGCGAAAAUCGAUUGUGAAAUUGUACGAUCUAUACAUCAGAAGGAAAUUCUUCAGAUUUCAAAUUGGUGGAAAGACUUGGGCUUGGCUAAGGAGUUGAAAUUCGCAAGAGACCAACCUCUAAAGUGGCACAUGUGGUCCAUGUCUGUCCUCAUAGAUCCUAACCUCUCUGAGCAAAGGGUUGAAUUAACUAAACCCAUCUCUCUGGUCUACAUUAUCGACGACAUUUUCGAUCUUUAUGGGACGCUCAAUGACCUCUCUAUCUUCACAGAAGCAGUCAAUGAAUGGGACCUCACAGCCGCUAAUCAGCUACCAGAAAGCAUGAAGAUUUCUCUUAAGGCUCUUUUCGACAUCACUGCGAGCAUUAGCACCAAGAUUUUUGAAAAGCAUGGAUGGAACCCUAUAGAAUCCUUACAGAAAUCGUGGAAAAAGUUGUGCAACGCAUUCUUAGAGGAAGCAAAGUGGUUUGCUUCUGGGAAAGUGCCAAAGCCAGAAGAAUAUUUGAGGAAUGGAAUUGUUAGUUCAGGUGUGCAUGUGGUGCUGGUUCACAUGUUCUUUCUCCUGGGCCAGGGCAUCAACAAAGAAACCGUUGAUUUUGUGGAUGGCUUUCCUCCCAUCAUAUCAUUCACAGCAACGAUCCUCCGUCUUUGGGAUGACUUGGGCACUGCUAAGGAUGAGAAUCAAGACGGUCAUGACGGGUCCUACUUGGAGUGCUACAUCAGAGAACAUCCAAACGUUACGGUUGAAAGAGCGAGAGAGCACGUUAGCCAUUUAAUUUGUGAUGCGUGGAAGAAACUGAACCAGGAAUGUCUGUCUCCGUCCCCAUUUUCACCGUCUUUCACAAAAGCUUGUCUAAAUGUCGCAAGAAUGAUUCCUUUGAUGUACAGUUAUGAUGACAAUCCUAGUCUUGCAAGUCUCAAGGAGCACAUGAGGUCACUUGCUGCUCAUUUAGAAAGUAAACCUUUCUAGGUUGAAAGAGAAUGUGCUACUUUAUUCAGAACCCUAAAGAUCUAUAUAUAAUUAAGUUAAUAAUCACUAA